GCCCUGUCGAAACGCACGAUGCGGGCUAGGGCACGCAGUGACUGGCGCGACGCGAUAGCGACUAUACCCGAUUAAUCAAUCACCCUGAGGAAGGACCUCCAACGGGUUCGAAACUGUCGGUGCCUACACCGAAUGUUCCCACAAGCAAUAUGCGCCAGCUCUAACUGGAUACUUCAGAGACGGCGUCAAACGCAUUGAUCUCGUAUUGGUUGUAAAUGAUGACGGGGACGGUAAGGUCGAAAUGUUGAGAGUUAAUUUUUUGGCCAAUGUUGUAAAGACCGGUCUCGAAAUUGAAUUGGAGCAAGGAGUGAGAGCGAAAAAUAAACAUUUAAUUUUCGUCAAAAUACACGCGCCUGACCACGUUAUUGUCGACUAUGGAGACUUUUUCAAUAUUCGGAGGUUUUUUAAAGACAAUCACGCUGACUUCAUAAACCCUAAUAGUUGGUAUUUGGAUUUGUUGCCUUUUACUAUAGGCAGGAAGCGAGAGAGAGAGUUGGUCAAAUUCGUAAGAAAACAAAAUCAAGGACCUCUAAAUUAUUCGAACAUCGAACGGAGUACUAUUGUUUACAAGAUUCUUCUUAUGCUGCCAUUUGGCCUUUACGAGAACUAUGUGGGAUUAGAUAGAUUACUUAGACAUCGUAUUAUACUCGACGUAUUUCCCUUACACGAUGGGCCUUACUUUUACGUUCCUGAUCAAGAUCCAACUAAAAUUAAUGGACGCCAGAUCCUCUGUCGUACAUGGUUGGACUUUAGCAAACUUUUAACAUGCAGACAACCUUAUAGCCUAGUUCAUGAUUAUAUGGGGGAAAGAGUCGCAUUCUAUUUUGCCUUCUUGAAUUAUUAUAUAAAGGCACUAUUUAUAGCGUCUAUAAUCAGUAUAGUCUUCUUUGUAAUGUCUUAUAAAUCAGAAGAUACAUAUAACAUAAGAAAAUUGACGUGCGGUUCAACUGAGUCGGUAUGUGGUGCUUGUGCUGUCCACACUUGGUGUCCUACGAGGAAACUUAGUGAAUACUGUGAUAAGACCAAAGUGAUACAUGUAACUUACAGUAUACCGAACGCUUGCUUUUGUGUAUUGAUGGGGCUUUUAAGCACUCUAUUUAUUCCAUUGUGGGAGCGUAGGACCUGUUACCUGAAUUGGCUUUGGGAAAUCAAUCAAUUUUAUGCUAAAAGAGCUGUAAGGCCCGAAUAUAUAAUUCCUGAUAAUUUACCUUGGAGGAAAAAUUAUGUGAGACAGGUUAUCCUAACAAUUUAUAAUCUGUUUAUCUACGUGAUUUAUGUUGCUAUAAUCGUGUCGAUAAUGCUUUUGGUAAUGUAUUACAAACAUGCCAUUCUGUAUAUGACAUAUGGUACAGACCCAUACAUAAACUUCUAUUAUGUACUGGCUGGUUUAGCGGCUUUUAAUUUUUUCUUUGCUGUACUCAUGCAGUAUGUGAACAAAAUUUUAUGCUUCGUGCUUACUAAUGUGGAAAAUCACAGAACUUACGCCGCACACGAAAGCUCAUAUAUAUGGAAACUUUUUAUAUUUAACGCUCUUUGCCAUACGUUCAUGAUUCUUUUCUCGGCAUAUUUUGUUGUUUUUGGUCACUGGGGACGGGAAGCCGGGUAUACACCGACUUUAAUAAGCGACAUUAAAUACAUGAACUGCGGCCCGUAUGGAUGUGGGGAUGAACUGACUGUAAUAGUCGUUGUUAUUGUCUUCAUGAAUGAAGUUUUGACUAAAUUUCCUUGGAAGAUGUUACCCAUACAAACUGACUAUCAAGUAGUCAAAGCCGGGAACUCAAGAGUUCCUGUUUGGGAAAGGGAAUACGAGUUGUGUAAAAUAAAUGAAGACAGUUUAGACAAAAUGUACUUAGAUUUAAUGAUACAGAUGGUGUUGGGGUUCUUUUUCUUACAAGCCUUUCCAUUGAGUCCUGUGCUACUACUUUUCUCUAAUUUAUGGAACCUUUGUUACUACCCCCACCAUAUGGUGAAGGGAUGUCGGCGACCAUUGGUGCGCAACAGCACCGGCAUAACCGCGUGGCAGCAAGUCAUCAUUGCUAUCGGAUACGCAGUGCCGCUCUUUAACAUUUUGUGCGUCGCAUUAAGUACUGAUUUAGUUGAAAGAAAAAUUUAUGAUAUUGUCCAAACAACAACCUUCUCAUUGCAAUAUAAAUAUUUUAAAAACACUUAUAACAAUUACUUUCUCUUUGUAACGUCAAAGAACGGUGCCUGUAAGUACCCACUCAUGUUCGAUAAAGAUAUUGGUGUAAAUCGCUAUUGGCAGCCCAAGCGGUACAAAUGGUGGGGGAUAUUACUUACCAUGCAUGUCACCAUUGUCUUUGCUUUGCUUGCACGAUGGUUAAUAACUCGUUGUCCGAAAGACAUUAAAGAAACUGUUAGAACCGAAAAGUACAUCACAUAUAGAUAUUAUCUAGCGAAAGGUGUGACGAAAUAGAAGAUAUUCAAGCUGUUGUAUUUAAUGAUUAUUGUUACUAAUAGUGUCUUCAUUUAUAAAGAGACCUGUUAACUUUUAUUUUUAAUAUAUUAAUGUUUUAAUUUA